AUGCCAGCUCAAGGAUCAGAUCUCUUUCUUUCGCCGAACGAGCAGGACUUGCUUGUCGCCGCUUUGAAUUCCAAUCAGGGCGCCAAAGGAGCAAAGAACGGGAAACGUGGAAGCCCUCCUACGGCAAACUACGCGUCGAACCCAGCUUCAGGUCAACUAGACUACAGCGACGACAGUCCCUAUCUUGAUUUCGACCCUGAUGGCGAGUUUGACGACUACUCAUACGGAAACAGCCGCAUGAUUGGUGAUCUCCCGCCUGGUCUUCAUGAGAAGAGAAAGAGCAUUGACGGAGAGGAGGAGGACGACGAGACUGUAAACGGAGAUCGCAAACGCCAUGAAGGCGACGAUAAAGGUCCAAAGAAACCAGGUCGCAAACCCUUGACAUCCGAGCCAACUACUAAACGUAAAGCCCAGAACCGUGCUGCUCAGCGUGCCUUCCGUGAGCGCAAGGAGCAGCAUCUCAAAGAUCUGGAGACAAAGGUUGAUGACCUAGAGAAGGCAAGCGAAGCCGCGAACCACGAAAAUGGUCUUUUGAAAGCUCAAGUUGAGCGUCUGCAAGUCGAGCUGAAGGAGUACCGAAAGCGACUGUCAUGGAUCAGUAGCCAAGGAGGACGCUCCAACAGUGGCAGCAAUACCACCCAGAAGAGCACGGUCAACUCUUCCAACGACUUCCAGUUUGAGUUUCCCAAGUUCGGCGACUUGCCUGCCAUGUCUGGAACCAAGAUGUUUAACAGCUCGACUCUAUCCUCCGCGACCCAGAACCAGAACCAAAACCGCUCUACCUCACUAGGUUCAGCUCAGAGCCGCAGUAACAGUGUACCCAAGGCUAUCAACCAGAGCCGUAGCAAUUCUCAGGGGCAGACCCAGCAGACACAGCGACAGUCGUCCGCAAGCCAGUCACCCAUCAGCAACAACAUGUUCACCGGUUCUCCUCAGUCGAUAAACCAGCACUCAAAUAGUGUCGACAGCCUGAGCGGCCUCUUCAGCCCCUCCAUCCUUGAGGCUACGAGACAUGCUCAAUGGGUGGCUAUUUCCCUCAAUCUAAUGGCUACAACAAUGUGCCCCGCAACACCCAACCCAACAUGCUCAUCGACCGAGUCGCAUAAUAACAUCUCCUCGAUCGGCACAUCACCUGAGCCUAGCCUGAACUCACCAGGCAACAAACUUCAAGACUUCAACCUCAACACCAUCGAUGAGAACAACAUGUCGAACACUUUCGGUAAGGAUGAACUCUGCAAGCAACUUUCCCAAGAAUGCGGUUGCGUCGACGACCCCGUUCCUCCAGUGUUGCUGUCGUCCUUGAACCCGAAGAAUACCAUGUCUAACGAUGAUCUCACGUUAGGCUUCAAUACCAAUGUCAUCAACAAUAACAAUGCCUUCGGAACGGCUUCCCUCAACAACAAUCCCGUCUACGACAUUAAUUCCAGCUGGUUGCCAGCGGACGCAAACACGAACUUUGACCCAGUCCUAUUCGGCGACUAUCGCGACACACAAGAUAACAUCCUGUCGCAAGAUUUUGGCAGCUUUUUCAAUGAUGCAUACCCGUUGCCAGAUUUGGGAAGCCCUCUGCACAACUAUAACGACGUAGUCGCUCCAGAACAGUCGAACAGUGGCGUCCCGGUUUCAAUGCCCCAGAAGGUCGAUCUGCUGAAACAGGUUGAUGCGGCGAAGAACGGCAUCGACGAGGUUGUGCCGAACACAGACAAGCCGAUGACUUGUAAUAAGAUAUGGGACCGCCUGCAAUCAAUGGAGAAGUUCCGCAACGGUGAGAUCGAUAUCGAUAACCUCUGCUCCGAGCUGCGCGCCAAAGCGAAGUGCUCGGAGGGCGGUGCUGUGGUCGACAAGAAAGACGUCGACAAGAUCUUGGGUGCUGGGAAGUAG